AUGACAUUUGAUUCUGGACAGUGGCACCUGGACCCCAUGCAGCUUCUGGGGCUGGUGAAGAGCGCCAACCUGGAGCAUGGGGAUGCCAUGGACUGCGCCAGCCACAUUCUGAAGCACGGCGGGGAGGACGGCAUCCUGUCCUUCGUGCGGAAGCUGCUGGAUGGCUUGCUGGCAGAGGAGCCGGCGAAAUAUCUGGUGGAGCUGAAGGACGCUGGGAUGCCCCAGCCGCUGAGAGCUUCCGUUCAGCAGGUCGAUUCUGUGCUCGUGAAGGGCUCCGUUUCAGCAGGAGAUUCAAAAACCUUGCCAUUCGCAUCGCUGACGCAGCCAUCCGUGGUGGUAAACCUUGCUUUUGAGGCCGACGAAAACACCACGUUUGUCGUCAAUGUUGGUGACUUUCUGCAGGUCACUGGUGAGUGCUCGCGCCGUGAGCGGCACACAGAGUGGGAUGAUCUUUUCGAUGAUUCCCCCAAGAGGGGUCCAUUCCUCGAAAUUGCAGAUCUCCGGAGUGGAAUGGAGCCAAAGGUACAGAGUGAGUGCCGUGCACUGUGGGAUGGGCCGUCGUCCCCUUGUGAUUUGAAAAUCCACGUGGAUUCUAUGGCGGGGCACGUGUCCACGCAAGUGCUGGCCUCCAGCAAAAUCCUUCUCAGCGACAGGCGUGAGCAUCAUGAUGGGGUAGCAGCCAUCAACUUGUUGAAGCUGCACUGUACUGAAGGUUCUUUGCGGCACGUUUCCUGGAGUUUCUCUGUUUCGGGCGUGCCUCACACUGGGAAGUCUUCUCCUGGUCCCAGCGCUUUGUUGCCAGUGCAUCCCAACUUCAUGCAAGGGCGGUGUGACGAAGAUGUUCCGAAGGUCAUAGACAUGUUCACACCAACACUGGUACAAAGGGAUUACGCUUCCGGCCUCAUUGAAAAAUUCAGGCAGGAAUGGCUCGGUAACAUCCAGCCUAGUGGUGGCCUCAAAGUUGUGGAUGUUGUGCUUGUUGGGUCUGCUGCUGUGGGGACGGCGCUGAAAAAGAAUUCCGAUCUUGACGUGUGCGUUAUCUUCAACAGCGGAACACAUGCAGAAAGGCUCUCUGCUUUGAGUGCGUUGGCUGCAAGCUUUGUGAAGAGCCAUCCUGACUUCAUGGUUGGGGAGGCCGAGAAAGUGGUGACAGCACGUCUGGACACCCGAGGGGUGUUCCGCCUGCCACGAGAGGCCUUUGCUGCAGCGCUAGGUGGUACCGAAGCCUAUCAGAUUGUCACCAUCCAGGACAAGUACAACUGCUCCAUAGACUUACUCCCGUGCAUUCCCGUGAAUUGUGUGCCCAGGGAGUAUCAGCCUCAGAUGAAUCUGAGUGCCAAUCCUGCAAAGGUUGCUUUCUUCCAGUCCCUGCCUGAAGCAGCUUGCCAAGCAAUUGUGCUCCUGAAGCUGUGGUCAUGUGGCGCAUCUGCAAAUGAGCUGUGCCGAGUCUAUGAGAAUGCGGCUGAACGGCGUUGGCCGCUGACAGACUGCAAGCUGAAGAUUGCUGGAUACCCGUUGUCAGUGCUUGCGGCGGCUGUCUGGGCUGGAAACAGGGACGCUGGCCUUGAUCCCUCCCCUUCCCGCAUUUUGGUUGAUGUUCUGGCUAUACUUGCAUCUAGUGUGUCCAAACCACUGCUAGUGCUGCGGAAUGGUACAGCAACAUCUGCCGAUGGACCUGCUACCGCCACGGAGGUCUUCCACCAGCUGGGAGUGAGGAGAAAGACAGAGCUUGAACCAUGCAUCUUUGUCCAAGAUGCAUUUUAUGAUUGCUUGUUUUUCAAGGUAGGCCCCAUGCCUUUAGACAAGAUCCGAAGGCAAGCUGCUUCAACGUUCUUCCGAAUUUCGACCACCUGCGACCUUGGCAGAUCAUUUCGCUGGUCCAACAUUCUUGCAUCUGGAAGCUCUGAGCACGAAGAUGCUGCCAUGAUGCCGCAGAGGUACAGCCAGAUAUCUGGUAGAAUGAACCAAUUCGCUGGUUUAACCACCAAGAGUGUGUGCCCCCGACGGCAUCCCUUGACACAAAUUCAUUUGGCAAGGCCAUCUCGGUGCCAUGAGUGUGAGACAGUCGUUUUCGGCGAGGAAGGCGUCAUGUACGGAUGCCCAAGUUGUCCCGGGCCCUUCCAAGUUAGAUUGUGUUCGCGUUGCAAAGAAAGUGACUCGGAAUUGCUGCUGGAACCAUCUAUGGCUGACCUCUUGCGGAGCCAUGCUGGUAUUCUUGACUUCGCUGCAUCUAUGUUGGCUGAGUUGGCUUAGAGAAUACUGUAGGGAGCGGCAGUGCAUUGGAGAAAGUAGACU